AUGAAGAUGUACAGCUCUUCCGAGUUGUUUGGGAAUCGAAGAAUAAGGUAUCGAACAACGUUUCGAGAAAUUUGCAAGGGAUAUGCCGAGGAAAUUUACAAGUAUAGCUUGCCCAGUGUCGAUGACAAGAGUGAAAAAUGCAGAACCCUGCACGAAGCCGCAUUUACAAGCAACCAGGACGCUAUCAACCACGAGCUAGACAGAGGUUUCGAUUUGAAUGAGAAGAGCCAGGAAGGAUUCACUGCUUUACAUAUAGCUGUGCAGGAGGGUCAUUCCGCCCUGACAUCACAUCUCAUCGACUUAGGGGCUCAGGUUAACGCAUCGACUAAUCUAGGGGUCACUCCUUUCCAUCUGGCUGUACUUGGUAGCCACCAUGAUAUCAUGCGGUACCUUGCAUGUCAUGAAGCCAAUGCAAAUAUGUGUACUGUAGAUGGACUGACUGCUUUACAUUUUGCUACUAUCAAAGAUGACCUUCAAGAAAUCAAAUACCUGCUCGACGAAGUUGCUUCUACUGAUCAAGGAGAUGAGAACGGAUGUACUGCUUUGCACAUUGCUGCACAGAAAGGUCACCUAGAUAUUACAAAUUGCCUGCUCAGCCACGGAGGCCAUGUUGAUAAACAGACUCUUGAUGGUGCGACAGCGUUGCACAUUGCGGUGUGUGAGGGCCACCUAGAACUUACAGACAGCUUGAUCCGUCAUUGGGCAGACGUCAAUAAGGGAAUGACAGAUGGAAAGACUCCCUUACAUGUAGCUGCUGAACGUGGUCUUAUCAGCAUCCACAAUAACCUGACAAUAAAUGGAGCUAAACUAAACGUGCCUUGUAAUAGCGGUGCAACUCCACUCCACUUUCCUGCAAACAAUGGUCAUGUUGCUGUCACGCAAUGCAUGAUUAGCCAUGGGGCUGACGUUGAUAAGGUUGACAUAGAAGGAACAAGUCCCUUGCAUCUUGCAGCAGAGAAUAGAAAGAAUGACCUUACCAAAUACCUCAUAAGUAAAGGAGCUGAGGUAAAUAGAGAGGAUAAUUAUGGAAUAACCCCAUUACACGUUGCUGCAUACUAUGCUGAUAUUCUUGUCACACAAAACAUUAUCAGUGAAGGAGCGGACAUAGACAAGCAAAGCAAAGCUGGUUUUACCCCAUUACAUUUCGCAGUGUAUGCGGGAUGCCUUGAUGUCACGCAGUAUUUGAUCGAAAAAGGAGCCAAAGUGGACCACUGUUCCCAAAAUGGUACAACACCCUUACAUUUCGCGGUGCAGAAUGGUCACUCUGAGAUAACAAAAUGCCUUAUCAGUCAUGGUAGUGAAGUGAGUGGCGUUUGUAAUGAUGGAGCAAGUGUCCUGCACUUCGCUGCAAGGAAUGGCCACUUUGGAAUUACUAGGUAUUUGAUUGACAGUGGAGCUGAUGUGAAUGCGGCUGAGGUGAACGGAGUCACUGCAUUUCAUUUUGCUGCUAGAAACGGGUACCUGAACAUCACCAAGUACCUCAAAGAACAUGGAGCGAGGGUUAAUGGGGGUGACUUGUCUAAAGCAACUGCAUUGCAUGCUGCUGCACAGAACGGUGACAUGGACGUCACCAAUUACUUGCUCAAAGAAGGAGCUGAAGUGAACCAACCAACGAAAGAUGGAUUGACGGCUCUACAUGUAGCUGCGCAAACAGGUCACCUUUCCGUCAUCAAAUCUCUCUUGAGCUACAGAGCUGAUGUAAACAGAACAUCACAUGAUGGAGCAACUGCUUUAUUGCUGGCUUUGCAAAACGGAUAUUCAGAUGUUGUAAAUUACUUGUUGGAGAAUGACGCCGAUAUAAACAAGUAUGAUAAAGAUGGGACCACCCCCUUGCACUGUGCUGCCAAGAACAACGACAUUCGUGCAACACAAUACUUGAUUAGUAAAGGUGCUGACGUUACUAAAAAAAAUCGAGAAGGGUGGACUGCGUUGUAUGUAGCUGCCAAGAAUGGUCACUUCGAUACCACAAGAUGCCUGAUUGAUGAAAAUAUGGAAGGAAACACAACAUCAAGCAAUGGACAAUCUGCCUUGCACAUCUCUGCAGAGAAUGGCCACGUUGAUAUUUCAACAUAUCUUGUUACCAUCGGGGUUGAUAUGAAUAUUGGUGACGAGAAGGGAGCAACGCCCUUACAUCUUGCAGCAAAAAAUGGUAACGUAGCUUCAACACAUUAUCUCCUCAGUAAAGGGGCUACCGUUACCAAUGGAGACAAUCAUGGAGCAACUGCCUUACAUUAUUCUGUCCGUAAUGGUCAUCUUGAUAUUGCCAAGUCCUUGAUUAGUCACGGAGCUAAGGUGCACGCAGGAGAUGAUAAUAAUAUAAAUUCUUUGCACGAUGCUGCAAAGAAUGGGCACAUCCAGGUAUUGGAAUACCUGAUCGGUCAAGGAGGUCAAGUCGAUAAACAAACAGAUUCUGGAGAAAGUGCCUUACAUUUUGCAGCAACAGCAGGGCACAUUGAUAUCACGCAGUGUCUAGUCAGUCACGGAGCAGAAGUGGACAAAGAAAACAUCGAGGAAGCCACUCCUCUUCUCUUAGCUGCUGGAGAGGGGCAAUUUUUCGUCGCACAGUAUCUUAUCAGUCAAGGAGCUGAAGUCAAUAAAUGUGACAACAAAGGAUCUACUCCUCUGCAUUCUGCUUGCAAAAAUGGCCAUCGACAAGUUGCACAGUACCUGAUCAGCCACCAUGCUGAAGUAAAUAAGAAAAAUAGCCACGGAGAAACAGCAUUACAACUUGCAGUAGAGAAUGGGCACCAUGAUGUCAAGCAGUGUCUGGAAAGUCACAAAGGUAAAAUGAGUAAAGAUGAAAAAAUGACAUCUGCUCUUCACAUCGCUGUUAUGACUGGUAAUUUCGAUAGCAUUAAACUAUUGGUUGAUUGCGGGGCUGACGUUAACGAAGCAUCCGUAGAUGGAAAUUUAUCGUUACAUAUUUCUGCAAAGGAAGGCCAUCUAGAUAUUACAAGAUAUUUGAUCGGUCAAGGCGCGGAAGUGAAUGCUACAGGCAAUGACGAAAAAACGCCAUUGCACUUCGCUGCGCGAAAUGGGCACUUGGAGGUCAUACAAUAUUUGGUUGAUGAGGAGGCCAACGUGAAUUGCUGUGAUAGGUCUGGAGCAACUGCCUUACACAAUGCUGCCCGCAACGGUAAUCAUCACGUCGUCCAAUACUUGAUCAAUACCAAGGCCGGAGUGAAUAGCUGUGAUAAUGACGGGCUAACUCCCUUGAGCUAUGCUGCGUGUAAUGGGCAAGUUGGUGCUACGCGACUUCUCAUCAGCCACGGAGCAGUCGUGAUUGAGGGCGAAAAUGACGAAGCAACUGCUCUUCAGAUCGCUAAGCUUGAUGAUGAUUCCUCAAAACAAGUAGAUAAUGAGGCGGUGGAUUACGAUGACGCCACGCUCUCGCAGGAUUUCACACUCUUUGGAGAAUUUCUUGGCCGAACUGGUGUUAAUAUCAAUGAAUUUAGUUUAGGAAUAACGGCUUUUCAUGCAGCUGCAAGUAACGGCAAUCGUGACCUACUAACAAGUCUGAUUGACCUUGGGAUAAAUGUGGACAUAGCGAAACCUGACGGAACAACCGCUUUGCACAUUGCUUCACAGAAUGGCCGGCUUGAAACCACACAGUUCUUGAUCAGCCAUGGAAGCGACAUCAAUAGGAGAGACAUUCAUGGCAUAACUGCUCUAGAUAGCGCUCUGACGAUGGGACACUACGACCUAUCGCAAUACCUAAUAGCUAACGGAGCGGAUGUUAAUAAUACGGACGUAAAUGGCGCAACACCGUUGCAUUCCGCGACACGAUUUGGAAACCUUGGCUUGACUGAAUUACUUUUCAGCCGUGGAGCAAGGAUAGAAAAAAGCGCCGUUCCUCUUCUACAUGUUGCUGUGAUUGGUGGGCAUCUUGACGUUACGAAAUGUCUUCUCAAUCAUGGAGCUCCGGUAGAUAUGGAGGGUGAAAACGGAACAACGGCGUUAGAUGUUUCAGUACAAAGCGGGUACACGACUAUCACACGGUAUCUACUUGAUCACGGAGCGGAUGUCAAUAAGAUUAACAAUACUGGCUCAACUGCUUUACACUCAGCUGCCAAAAGAGGUUACAUUGACUGCAUUACGUGCCUCAUCGACCGCGGGGCAGAUAUAAAUGGAGAAGCAUUUAAUGGUGCUACCCCCUUGCAUUAUGCCGCGCAGAAUAGUCACAUAAAUGUAGUUCAAUAUCUUCUAGAGCAUGGAGCUAAAGUAAACUGCCGUGACAGCAGCACGGUGACAGCAUUACAGUUAGCCGUCCAGAAGGGGGAUCUUGACUGUACACGGUGUUUAAUCAAGCACGGGGCAGAUUUAGAUAGAGUUAACACGUCAGGAGGAACGGCACUGCAUUAUGCCGCAAGUUUGGGUCACCUUGACAUUGCAAAGUACCUCCUCAGCAACGGGGCAGAGGUAAAUAAGUCCAUAUACAGAGGAGGCACUGCUCUACAUGCUGCUGUACAGUUUGGCCACUGUGAUAUUGCUGAGUACUUAAUCAACCAUGGGGCCGAAGUGAAUGGAACGAUUAAUGAUGGGUCAACAGUCCUGCACGUAGCUGCACAAAACGGUCACAUUGCCAUCAUAAAGAACCUGGUCACACACGGAGCCAAGGUAAAUCUCACAAGCAACAAUGGCCACAACCCCUUGCUUUACGCAAUUGCAAAUUGUCACACUGAUGUCACGAAAUACCUGAUAGGUCAGGGAGCCGACCUUAAUACUGGAGACAACGGAGGUACGACCCCCUUGCAUUUCGCUGUUCUUGCACGUCUUGAAGAUCUCACGAAGCACCUCGUCGACAAAGGAGCAGUCGUAGCUGCACGUGAUAACAAUGGUCAGGCUGCCCUGUAUUUUGCUGCAUCGAUAGGUCAUCUUCCACUGACACAAUUUCUGAUCAAUAACGGAGGUCAAGUAAAUGCCUCAGAUAAUAAAGGAGAAAGUGCCUUGCACAUUGCUGCAAAGAGCGGUUACUGUGAUGUUACAGAGUACUUGCUGACCCAGGACGCAGAUAUCAAGCAGGAAACUAAAGCAGGUUCAACUGCUUUGCAUCUAGCAUGUGAGAAGGGACACUAUCGUGUUGCUGACUGCCUUCUUCGUCAUGUGGGACAUAGCACGGCAGAGAGUGCGCAUGGACAGAUAUUCUUUCAUGAGGAUGUUUCGCUGGUUAAUCGUACCGACAAGGAAGGAUUGACAGCCAUGCACUUGGCUACUCGAGCAGGUUGUACCUCUGUUGUUGAGACAUUAACUAUGCACGGGGCCGAUCUAAACAUCACAUCAUCCACUGGUCGGACUUGUCUCCACGAAGCCAUCAUCUUAUGUAACACAAAACAAAAACAAGUGGAGGUUACAGAUACCCUUCGGAAGAUCGUCUGCUAUGGAUCAUCCAGAAGGAUUACAAGGACUGCACGGCGAAUGGGGGAGGAGGAUGAGGAGCUGGCCGUAGAGUGUAAAAGGAUAGGAAACGAGGCUUACAAGGCAGGAAACUUCGCAUCAGCCAUAAAGUAUUACACCAGUGGACUAGAGCAUACAGACAAACUUGGGUGCCUAUAUACCAACAGAGCACAGGCAUACAACAAGCUAGGGAAAUUCAAGGAAGCAAUAGCAGACUGUGAUCAACUUCUCAUGGUUGAGCCUGAGAAUGCAAAAGCUCGUGUUCAUAAGGGGAAGGCCCUCCUAGGACUUUCAUUAUUCGAUGAAGCAUUAUCUACCUAUCGGUCUAUCCUGGAAUAUCACCCUAACGAAAUUGAAAUGGUUGAUAAGUACGUCGCAGAGGCCAUUGAUGCUCAGCUGGACUUCGAAGAUGAAUGCUCUGAUACUUCAGACUCCGAUGCAACAAACAGUGAUCUAGAACUUAAGAACGUGCUUAGUGAGAUGACAAAAGAGUUUGAUCCUACAACCGGGGAUCCAGCUAUCAGGGAUUUGUUUGCCAUGAUGUCGACAGGAGAAGCACAAAGAGACAAGAAAAUGGCCAAAUGGGCAAAAGAUAGAGAAGAGGGACAUCCUAAUGUGGAGGAAGGUGUUGCUGACUUUUUGAAAGGUGAGCAUGUUGAACACAUUGCCGUGCCUCUAGGAGUACUCUAA